AUGCCUGAAAAGCCAGUGUCGCCAACGUCUCUCGACGCAAUCGGCAAGGAUGUUCUCCAACGUGCUAAAAUCUCCAGGAUGACCCAAUCUCUCAAAUCACGGCUUGCUCUGGCUACCUUGAAAACAAAACGCGGCUGGUCCGCAACAGAUUCAUCUUCAACAAUAAACCAACAAAGUCCUUUCCAAUUAUCAUCAUCAUCAUCAUCAUCAUCUUUACCUUCUUCUUCUUCUUCUUCUUCUACUUCUUUAACAUCAGUAGUAGCACAAACAUCUCCAUCAACCCCAGAAAAAAAUAACCAUCAUCGUAUCAACUCUUUGGGGUUUACCCAACAAUCUUUCAAUAAUAGUCAGUUGCAACAACAGCAACAGCAACAACAACAACAGCAACAACAACCUCCUAUAACUACUCCAUCUCCAGCUUCUCCUGCAAUAUACCCUCCAGUCACUACUCCAAGCUCUGCUUGCCCCCCAAUUCCUGCAUCAAGGUCAUGUUCCAGUAUCACAAAACAUUCUUCAUCAGCUGUAGCAGCUUAUUCAACACCAGCAACAACAACAACAACAACAACAACAACAACAACAGGAACAACAAUUGCAUCUUCUUCAUCUUCUGCUCAAUCAUUAUGCUCUCCUCCAAGUGCUUCCACAGGAAAUACUCCAAUCUAUUCUCCAGCUCCAACAAGACUCUCAGGGUCUGCAAGUAUGCCAAAUAUAACCACAGGCUCAUCCUCUGGCCCACAUACUCAACCUUCACCCAAACGUAACUAUUAUGAAGCAUUCCGUUUAGACCCAAAUCAUCCUGUCCCAAUGAUUCCUCCAGAACAUCAAGUCCAGCAUUUCCAUCCACAUCCACAUCCACAUUCACAUUCACAUUCACAUUCACAUUCACAUUCACAUUCACAUUCACAUCCGCAUCCACAUCACCAUCAUAUCCAAAUGCAACAACAGCAACAACAGCAACAACAAUUAAGACAUCAGAAAAUGGCUGCAAUGAAACAUCUUCAAAUUUAUGUCCCCCCUCCAUCUUCAAAUAAUGGUCUUUCACACUCUCCAGGAACUGCUGUUCCAUUGCCUUCAGCAACUGCUCCUCCUCUUUCUGCUUCUACAACUGCUCCUUUAUCAGCCUCUUUAUCUGCUCCACCUCUUUCAGCUUCUGCCUCUCCAGGCGGGAGCUCUCCUGCUACCAUCACUUCUAUCACAAGUAGUAGUAACAACAAUAAACAACGUGGGUCAACUAUUUCACCUGCAAGUCCUUCUUUGGGAAUGCCUGCCACACCAAUUGCAGCAGCAGCAAUAGCAGCAGCAGCGGCAGCAGCGGCAGCAGCGGCUUCAGCAGCAGCAACAGCAACAGCAACAGCAACCCAACAACAUAUGAUUCAACAGCCACAUCACCCAGAAACCAAUCAUCAUCCAUGGCCUACAUUUGCAUAUGAAGACAAUCGUGGAUUUAUUGAUGGCUCAACAAUCCAGCAAUAUGUUAUUCCACCACCACCAUUACCACCACCACCACCUCCUCCAGCAUCUUCUUCCUCCACCUCAGCAUCGUCAUCAUCGUCAUCAUCAUCAACGCAUCAACUCCACAACCAAUCAUCCAAUAAUUCAUCACCUCUUGCUAGACAUAAUACUUUCCCAAGCAAAUACCCAGGACCUGGUACACCUGUGUUUGCAGUGGGUGCAUCUGGGGCUGUUGGUCCUGUGACUGGAUCCAUGGGUGAACUUGCGUUUAGUGCAGUGGGUCCCGGCCAUGGCCAUGUGCCUGCUCAAUUUAUUCCAUUUGUCCCUGCGGGUACAACAGAUCAACAGCAACAAGUCCAGAGUCAAGGCCAAAGUCAAGGUCAAAGUCAAGGUCAAGGUCAGCAGCAACAAUUGCCGAGCCGUGUGGGGACUCCACAGAAGCGCUCAAGAACUGUUUCAGAAGGAGGAGCAGCAGCAUCAUAUUCGUUAGCAUAUCAAAACAGUCAACAGAGUCAAGGACAAGGCCAACAGGGAGGACAGAAUUCACAAUAUAUGAACACUGCGCCCACGCGGUUUCUAAAUACAUUCCAAGUGCAGACGCAGAGCAGUUAUGCGGCCAAGGCUAGGAAGGGGAAAGGAGGUCAAGGUAAAAGUCAAGGACAUCAACAAGUUUCUGUUCCUGCACCUGUUCCCACGCCUGUGUCAGGUUCUUAUCAACAACAGCAACAACAACAACAACAGCAUGUUCCAGCUCAGGCAGAAACUCCUCCAAUACAAGCCAAUGCGGGCCCACAGAGCCAGGCAACACCAUUACAGGCUCCUGUUCCAGUUAAUGCAGCUGCACUUUCGGUUUCUGGACGCGGGUUGUCUCGGUCAGCGUCUGUAGCUGAGGGCUUGACAAUUGCUCGAUUUUCAAAUCCAAGUAUGACUGCGACUCAACAGAUUCAACAGAUUCAACAGAUUCAACAGAGUCAUCAUCAUCAUGAGCAGCAGCAGCAGCAGCAGCAACAGCAGCAGCAGCAGCAGCAACAGCAGCAGCAGCAGCAGCAACAGCAGCAGCAGCAGCAGCAACAGCAGCAGCAGCAGCAGCAACAGCAGCAGCAGCAGCAGCAACAGCAGCAGCAGCAGCAGCAACAGCAGCAGCAGCAGCAGCAACAACAACAGCAUCAAGUUUCUGUUCAAACUCCAGUCCAUAACUCGGUACAAGUUCCUAUCCAAGCACCGGUUCCUGUGCCUGUACAACAAGCGGCGGCAGCAGCAGCGGCAGCAGCGGCAGCAACAGGAGCUAGAGCAGUGGCAGGAGGAACAGGAGGAACAGAGGGGAAACAUGGACCUCAUAAUAUGAUUGUUGGCCAACAACCUCAGCCUCAGCCACAGUCACAGUCACAUGCACCAUUACAAACAACAGCAAGCCAAUACCAUGGACAAUUGCCUGGUCAAAUACCUAAUCAUGGUGCAGUGGCAGGAGCUCCUCCACAGCCUCAACAGAUACCAUUGCAGCAUCAGCAGCAUCAGCAGCAUCAGCAGCAUCAGCAGCAUCAGCAGCAUCAGCAGCAUCAGCAGCAUCAGCAGCAUCAGCAGCAGCAACAACAGCAACAACAGCAGCUGCUGCAACAACAGCAUGCGACUCAUGGAAUUCCCAUUAACGUUGGUAUACCCGGUUAUCCUGCGCAUAUUCAGGGGCCUCAUUUUGGUUACAUGGCUACUACAAUACCCCAAUUACAGCAACAUUAUUUUCAGCAACAGCUUCAGCAACAGCAGCAACAGCAGCAGCAACAGCAGCAGCAACAGCAGCAGCAACAGCAGCAGCAACAGCAGCAGCAACAGCAGCAGCAACAGCAACAGCAACAGCAGCAGCAACAGCAGCAGCAACAACAACAACUACCUGCGCAUGGUCCAAUUCCUUCAGGAGUAUCAUUGCAACAGCAGCAGCUUCAGUUACAGAUCCAACAUCAUAUGGAGCAGCAGAUGCAACAGCUGAGCAGUUCUGCAGCUGCACGGGGGUUAGGGCCUGCGGAAAUACAGAUGCAAAUGCAACAGAUGGCAGCAGCAGCAGCAGCAGCUGCAAUUGCAGUUACAGGGCCUGGGCCUGGGCCUGGACCUAGGGGUUUAGAAGGAUCAGAUCAGCAACAACAACAGCAGCAGCAGCAGCAGCAGCAGCUACAAGGGCCAAAGAGUAACACUACAGGCUAUGUGCCAAUGCAAGUACCAAUACCUCAACAUGCAAUGGGAGGAAAUGGUAAUGGGCCGUACAUGUACUUUAAUGGUGGUGAGCGAAAUGAAGGGAUGGUUAUCUCUACACAACAGCAACAACAGCAACAACAGCAACAACAGCAUCAUCAUAAUCAUAGGCCACGACCAAGUAUUUCUAUUAGUGGAGGUGUACGUGUGACAGUUGGGGGGACUGCCGAGGCGGCAGCAGCAGCGGCGGCAGCAGCAGCAUUAGCGGUAAGGGUUGGGGCGUCUAUGGAAGAUGAAGAGGAUGAAGAAGAAGUGAAAAAAGAGAGAAGAGAAGUAGAUGAUAAGAAAUUACUUCAAGAAGGAAAUGAUGGAUCUCAGAAUAGUAUGGGGAUUGAAGAUGUUGAUAUGGAAAGCAAUGGUGAUGAUGAUGAUGAUGAGAAGAAAAAGAAGAAGGAGGAUGAUGAGGGGGAUAAGGAAGAUAAGCAGCAAUUGGAGCAAUCUAUGGCUGAUCCUGGGACUCCACCUGGUCAGGUACCGAGAAGUAUUGUUGAUGUUGUUGAGCCCAAGACUCCUCCAAGGGGAGGAACAGCCAGUCCUGAAAGAAUGAAUGUGAGUAUGGAUGAUGUGGAAGGUAAUAAUGGUGAAAGGCAUGGUGAGAUAAUUUCUGGGUUAGUUCCACAACCAUUAGUUGACCGAUUACAGACCCCAUUUAGGGUUGCAUCUACUGAUGUUAUCAAAGCUGGUACGAGUUGUAGGAGGGAAAGUGAAGUUGAAUUGGAUGGGAUUGGAGGAGAUGGGAUAGAAUCAAGUACUCCCAAGGCUCAAAAGAUUAAUGGAAAUGAAGGUGGAGAGAGUGAUGGGGGUAAAGAUGAUGGGAAUGAGAAUGAUCAAGGUGCUAUGGAUGGAACAGUUGGUCGAGACAGUUUAGGAAAGAAGUCAAAUACAACUGCAACUGCAACUGCAGCAACGGUGACGUUGUCAACAGCAGAUGCAUCUACAACAGCAGCUGCUACUUCAAUGACAGAAACGACUAAAACAACGGCAACAGAAACGACUAAAACAACAGCAACAACAACAACAACAACAACAAUGGCUACAAGUUCUACGACAGCAGCAGCAGCAGAUUUGCUCAUGUUUUUGGCGACAUCUCCUUCAGGUCCUGUACGGUCUUCUCAUCACAACAGUCAGAAUGGUCAAGGGCAACAACAACAUCCUGCAACACCUUCUCAGUCAUUUAAUUUGCACGAGUAUUUGAACUUGUUUACACCAUCACCUGCACGAGCUUCUACAAGCGGUGGUUUUGGUGGUGGUGGCAGCAGUAGCAGCAACAGCAACAACAGCAACAACUACUAUGGUAGUGGGAUCCCUGGUAGUGUUGGACCCAAGAGUAGUAGUAGCAGUGGCAGUGGCAGUGGCAGUGGCAGUGGCAGUGGCAGUAAGCCGAAGAAACUAGGAGAAGGAUCAUUUUCGUCAUCAUCAACUGCAGGUUUGAUCACAACUCCAAGGUUACCGUUACCUUUAGGAGGAGGACUUGGAGGGUUUGGUGGGCUUUUCCCACCACCUUCUGCUGGAGGAUCAGGAUCAGGAUCAUCAAGGUCUAGGUUUGGAGGGUUUAGUAAUGGAAUGGAUUCAAGUAAUGUAUUUGGAUCUCCUCAUCGGACACUAUUACUUCCACCAGAUGAUUUUAUGGCUGCUAUUUCACAAUCACCAAUCUAUAAAAGUUUAUCUGGUCGAAGAACACCUAAGGGACGAGGUCUUGGCUCAUCUCAGAGUGGGGUUUUAUUACGCAGAUUAAGCGAUGCGUCUAAUAAUGGUAAUGGUAGUGGUAAUGGUAGUGGUGAUUCUACGCCAAUUAUUGGGGGGAGUAACAGUGGGUCAAAUGGAUCUACUGGAUCUAAUGGAUCUAAUGGAGGAAAUGGAGGAAAUGGAACAAGUACAGCAUCUCAAUUGUUACCUCCUGCAGGAGUGACGAUGUUAUCUUCACGAAACAAAAAUGCAGGAGUGUUACAUAGUGCCUUUACUGUACAGUCAACACGUCGACGACACCACCACCACCACCACCACCACCACAAUCAACAUCAACACCAACAGCAUCAUGGCAAUAGCAGGAGUGCAGGGGGUCCUGGGUUAGGGUCACCUACACGCAGCCGCAGUCGCAGCCGCACACGUGCAGCCGUAUCUCUGCGUCAUCAUCAUUCUUCAUUAUCUCGUUCACAAUCUCCAACAUUGUCACCAUCUUCGUUAUCAUCUUCGUCAUCAUCAUCUUCUUCUUCUUCUUCUUCUUCGUCACCUUCGUUAUCUGAAGAAGAAUUAGGGGUUCCUCCUAGAGGCCGUAUUUCUCGGGUAGGGUUAAGUUCAGAUUCUGAGAAUGAAAAUGAAAAUGAAAAUGAAAAUGAAAAUGAAAAUGAAAAUGAAAAUGAAAAUGAAAAUGAAAAUGAUGAUGGAUUGGGAGAUCGGUCCAUGGGGAGUAGGAGUAGGAGUAGGAGUAGGAGUAGGAGUAGUAGUAAUAGUAGUACAGGGACUGCAGCAGCAUUAGAACUUGGAGGAUCAGGAUUAGAAUUAGAAGAAGGAAGAAAUCAUGGUGGUAGUGUUGGGAUGGGUCUUGGAGUGGUUGGAGUUGGUCUUGGUCUUGGAGUUGAAGAUGCUCGUGUUCCAUUACCAUUGUUUGAGUUUGGAGAUGGUAGUGGUGAUAAUAAUAAUAAUAACAAUAACAAUAAUAAUAAUAAUAAUAAUAAUAGUAAUGGAGACACUGAAAGACGACAUAGUUAUGGGUCUUCUUUUGGGAGUGGUGCAGGUGCAACACCGGUACUUAUAGGUGAUCAUGGUGGUAGUGGUAGUGGUGGUAGUCCGGUAACAAGUGAGAGUACUAGUGGAGGUGUUUUUGGUGAGUGA